ACAAAUAUUUAAUGAAUAUUUAAUAAUAAUUAGAUUUCACAAAAUAUAUUGAAUUUUAUUAUAAAAAAUGGACAAUAGCAAUAAAAUCAUUCCGCCACAUUUAAAUGCAGAAGUUUAUCGCACCGAUACCACAGGGACAAGUACACAAGCGAAUCUGGAUUACCUUCGAAUACACAGUGAUGGAUCGUUCCUGGUUGGUUGUUCAGAACUAACAGGCCGCUAUUGGGACGGUAGUGUCAAAAUAUAUACUCCAAAUGUAAACAAGAAAUGUAACAUACCAACUAAGAAAGAUAUUUGCUUAACUUCAGGGACAUCCGAUGGUUGCUUUAUUGAAAGUUCACGCAAGGUGUUUCUCUGUGAAGAUAGCGGAGCAGUUAGCAUUUGGUCAUCUAGUGCUGAGAAUGAUGCAUGGAAGAUAUGGACAGAAGAGUUAUCUGUUGCGGAACAUGAUGAUGCAGCAUUGGUGGUUGAAAGUUUACACCCAAGCUCUGAAUAUGUUACAGGAGGGGCUGACGGAAAUAUAAAGGUGUGGGAUAUAACAGAUUUAUUAUGUGUAAAACAUUAUGGAGAUGCUCACAGUAAAGCUAUAUAUAGUAUAGCUGUCCGACCUACCUCAAAUUCCACCUUUGCUACUGGCUCACUAGAUUAUUAUAUUUCACUAUGGAAUGAUAAUACUAAUAAUUCAGCAUUAGAUAUUUUGAAAAAUGAUUGUGGUGUUCGUUGUGUGAAGUGGAUAAAUGAAAAUCAGUUAAUCUAUGGUGAUGAAGCUGGUGUAGUGGGAGUGGUUGAUGUGAGGAAUCCUAAUAAAUCUGAGAAACUGGCUCAACUCCCAGCCGCAGUUCACAAGUUGACAUUACAAUCUGAGCUGAAUAGAGUAGCAGUCUGCUGUGAUAAUAAAAUUGUAUCAGUCUUCAGCAUAAGUGAGGGACCAAAACUAAGUUCAGUAUACGAAAAUAGAACUUUGCACACAAAAUUUGUGAGAGAUGCUGCCUGGGAUGUCAGCGAAAGAAACCUCUUGUAUACACUUGGCUGGGAUGGAGAAAUUAAGACACAUCUUGUGACCAAUGCUUAAAAGUAAAUAUAAAAAUAAUUUACUUAUGACAUUUA